UGGGAUAUAAGGCUCGGAUUAUUAUUCUAAAAGGCUAUCACUGAUCGACCAAGGUAGAAGGAAGUAGUCACACGCUUCAUUAAUACAAUGGCGCGUUUCGUAAUCGCGGUGACCAUCAUCACCUGUGCGCUUAUUACAAAGAUAUCCUGCUGCGAUGUCGUGAAACUUACUUUCCCGAGUGGAUUUAGCUUGGGGACUGCAAGUGCGUCGUAUCAAGUCGAAGGAGCCUGGAAUGUUAGCGACAAAGGUGAAAACGUGUGGGAUUAUCUCACGCACAACCGUCCCGACUUAAUAACCGAUGGACGCAAUGGCGACGUCGCCUGCAAUUCGUACUACAAGUACCAAGAGGACGCAGACUUGAUUAAAACACUCGGAUUCGACUUCUAUAGAUUCUCCGUCAGCUGGUCACGCGUCCUUCCAACUGGCUUCGCUAACGUGAUUAGCGAAGACGGUUUACAGUAUUACAAAAAUUUGACCGCAGCGUUGGUAGCGAACGGCAUCGAGCCUGUCGUGACAAUAUAUCACUGGGAUCAUCCGCAAGUUAUAGAGGAGAUGGGAGGAUGGACAAAUGAACUGAUAGUGGACUGGUUCGUGGCUUACGCUGAGAUUCUCUUCGAAGCACUAGGUGACAGUGUGAAACGAUGGAUAACCAUUAACGAGCCAGAUGCCUUCUGCGAGGGCGGUUAUGAAGGAGUCUCAAAAGCACCAGCGAAAGAGAUACCUAAUAGUAUCGGCAAAUAUCUUUGCGGACACAACGUUCUGAAGGCUCAUGGAAAAACUUUCCGACUGUACGACGAAAAGUUCCGUGAAACCCAGGGUGGUGAAGUUGGCAUAGUACUACCUCUUAUGGCAUACUUACCGUACAACUCCAGUUAUGAGGCAGAAGCUGAGACUGCGUUUCAAUUCACUUGCGGAUGGAUGGCGCACCCAAUAUACCAUGGAGAUUAUCCGGACAUCAUGAAGACUAGAGUGGCUUUGGUUAGUGAAUACCAAGGCUAUCCGAGAUCACGACUUCCAGAAUUCUCAGAUGAGUGGAUAGCCAUCAUCAACGGAACAAAUGAUUACUUUGGUAUUAAUCAUUACACAUCCAAACUCGUUUACCCUGACUCUGGUGAAGAGCAAGGAAUUUACACUUACGAUCACGGUUUGAUAGUAACCGUGGAUUCUAGUUGGGCUGCAACAGCUUCGAAUUGGUUUUACGUGAAUCCUUCAGGAUUUGGUUACCUACUUCGUAAAAUCAGAGAUGAAUACAACAAUCCUUCAGUGUGGGUUACAGAGAAUGGCUACUCCGAUACCGGGGAACUUGACGACUACAACCGCGUCAGCUAUUAUUACGAAUACCUGAGAGAAAUGCUGAUAGCCAUUAAACGAGAUGGGUGCAACGUUGAGGGUUACGCCGUUUGGAGUAUCUUGGACAAUUUCGAAUGGCAAGCUGGUUAUACGGAACGAUUUGGAAUUACCCAUGUAGAGUUUGACGAUGCCGAUACCAACCGAACCGCAAAAAUUUCACAGUCUUGGUGGGCCAAAGUUCUUUCCAAACGUAAGCUUCAGGCUGUCCCGACGAACACCGCUGCUACUAGAACCCUAUUACCAUGGCAAAAAUAAUUAGAGAAUAUCCAUUCACAACUUACUGUAGCUGAAAAUGGUAGAAGAUUACCUUCGUGCCGCACAGAAAGUUCCUUGGAUUAAAAUAACGCAUAAUAUCAUUAGCCAGUUAUUGUGAAAAAAUUUACAAUUAACAGGACACGUGUCGACGGCUUAGUACAUAUCAAUACAUGCUUACUGAUUUGAA